AUGGCGGACGUGCAUGUGGAAAGCCGUGGACAUUUUAGAAAUAAUAUUCUCUCUGGAGCGCCUUCUCCUCUUCCUCGUCCGUAUUUGCCGUCUUUGCCACCUGCCAAAACCAUCAAACCUUCUUAUUCAAGGUAAAAACUCGUCUGUCGUGCAGUUUUGCGGGAAAUUUUGCCAUUUCGGAAUCAGCUACAAAUUUCGCGCGGAACUUUGUUGACAUACUUCAGCACACUUGCAUGACUGAUGCGGUUUGCUUUAUUUGUAGAUUUCUUAUCGAGGCCCCAUAUUCAGCGCUUGCUGGCGUAGUUGCAGAUGCACGAGAACCUCCAAAGGUAAAUUUUCGCUUAUUUUGUUAAACAGAUCUUUAAUUUUAAAAGGUGGAAGUUUAAUUGGUUAAUAAACUAUCAUGGGAAUUCACUUAAACAGUAGAUGAAUCUUAUUGUCAAGGUCAACGUUUAACUGAUGAAACAUUUCGUUCGAGCCCUGAAUGUUUCCAUUGGUCUAUAUGUGUAUUUUAUUUGCAGAAAACUGCUCAGUUUCAUUUUCAAAGGCAUUUUCUUACUAGGAAAACUUUGUUCAAUUUCUUGACACCUGUAAUCAUAUUAAGGGCCUGUUUACAUGGAGGUGGGGGACCUCAGGUAGGUGAGGUAUCCCGCUUGGGUGGGGUAACCUGCCUGUCCAUAUAAUCUCUCUUUUUAAUUUGAUCACUUUUUCAUGAUAGGUGGGGUGACCGGCCACAUGUUACCUCACCUAUCUGGAGUCCCCUUCCUCCACGUAAACAGGCCCUAAGAAGCUCUGAUUUAGCCUUGCUUCUGAAUGACCAAAACAUCAGCAUUUCUGAUGAGAAAAAUAAUAAGUAACUGCCUUGGUUUGUAUCAUUCUUCUUGUUGACUUGGCAACAUUUUGAACUUUAAUAGUUCUUAUUGUCCCAAUAGGCUUCCCCUGGGUCUAUGUGAAUGUAAUGCUGUGGAUCAUUUUUUAUAAAGCACUGUACAUUUCAGAUGUCAAGAUGUGUGCCUUUAAUAGAAUAACAACAGAUCUGUUUAAGGCAAACAUCUUUAAGUCAUCACAUACAGUAUCUCUAUACCUUGUCUUUGUUUUAUCACAUCAAUUAAAAAUAUUAUUCUUUUUAUGUGAGUACAAUGUUCACAUUGCAAAUUUUGCAUGACCCUCGAGAAAAUAGUUAUAAUAUUUCAUUUGGAGAUCCCCUACUCCUUGGAAAUUUCAGUUUUUUAGCCUUCCUUUCCAAUUGGAUAUUUCUGUUGACCAUCCACCAGAGGUGUAUGGAUAUUUUCCAGAACAACACAUUAGUUACUCAACAAUACCCAAAGAAGAAGGGCUUGCAAGACACAGCCAAGGCUUAGGCUAGAGUGGUAGAUUACUUUGUCAAACUGCAAGUACAUGUUUCUUUCAGGUUAAUGAAUGUGUAGUUCACAAAAUAGAAUGUACUGGACUGUUAAACACUACAUAUGUAUGCAUCCUUGAAACCUACGUGUAUAGAGCAGCUGUUACAGCAUUUUCAUGAAUAACUCAGUAGUGCCUAAAAGUAGGGGGUGGAGGGUCUGAAACCCCUUGAACCAGCUCCCCUGGAUAUGCCCCUGCUGCUGGAUCAAGUUUUGAGGAUCAAGCUGGUCCUGUUAACUACAUGUAAUUUAUUAUAAUAAUAAGCAGUACGUAGUAAAUGUACUUGCAUAAACUACAUUGUUAUUCAAGUGUACAAUGUACUGUCUCCCAUCGCAUGGACAGUUUUGGACAAACACUUACACGCUGUAUAUAAUUAGGAGUCAUAAUGUUAAAUGUAGUUACAGUACGUAAAUUUCUUGUUUCAGCCACCUUCUUUACCACGCAGUAGACACAGAAUUCAAGUUGGUUGCACUAACCGAUGGAGACUCCCAAACUUGCUUGGUAGUGACUUACUGGGAUCAUCUCAAGCCUUAAAAUCUGUUACCAGCUCAUACAAUGACUCAAUAAUGGCUGUAAUGACCGGUAUGCAUGCAUCUUGUACAUGUUUUAAAAAAUUAUUAUAAUAAUUAUUGUUGCAAAAGAAGUGAAACAGUCAACUCAAAGCUCUUGGCCUUUUGUGAUCCCUGUUGAAAGUUGCCAGCUCUACAAUAGUUAUGAUCAGCACUGUGAAACCCCUGUUUGAAUUGUGACUAAAGCUUUGAAAGAAAUGCUUUUGUUAAGCAACCUUUGUUGUGAGCAAUUGUUGUCUCUUUAGUGAAUUACAGACUGCUCAGAUUUCACUUUUGUUUGAAGUUCUCAUUAGGUGACCACUCGGUCAACAUUUCAAUAAAAGCUGUAAUUCCUGGUAAAAUUAGGCUAAUUAUGUAACAAUUAACAAGUGCUUUGAAAGAGGAAAUACAACUGUAAUAAAAGAGACUACAAAUUUUAAUAUUAUUCUACCUGAAUGUAUUGGUACAUGUAUAUGUAAUUUAAAUUAGGAAUGUUCAUGAAAAGCUUUUAGCUGAAAGCUCUUGUGAAUGCCCUCAAUACACAGUGUACAAUGUAAUUUAUAUACUGGUAAUAACUUUAUCAAUGGUUGCUUGCAUGUAGGAGAGUCUGUUCUUGUAAACAACCACAAGUUGUGACUGCUUUUAGAUUUAACCAGAGCUAAAAGCAAAGUUCGUGUUUCUGCAUGUAUAAUUUACUUCAAUCAGAAAAUGAACCUGGAACGAUUGCAAAGAAAUUCACAGAUCUAUACUUUCCUUUAGGGGAGGACCAUAUGACUUUUGAGGACUCACUGAAGAACAUAAACUUGAGCCUGUGAUCAAUUGAAAGUUAAUAACUGGUCAGCGGGAAAGCUAUAAGAAAAAAAUAUGUUACCUCGAUGAGUUGGACCCUGAGUUUAUGAUAUGGUCAUGUGAUUCUGGUCAGAAGAUACCCUGUUUUGACAGCUGACAAUUGACCAUAACAUGGUUGUCAAUUACAGGUUACAGGCCCCUGUGGCUAGAAAAUGGGACAUUAUUUUUACAUUACUUUCCCUGUAGUGCAGACAGACAGACAAGCAGACAGAUGUAUGGUCACAUGACUGACAAAAUUUCUCAGACGCAUAGAUAGCUAACUUUUCUUACCUAUGGCACUCCACUGCGCACACUUCAUGCAUGGACGAGAGCUCUGCUAUGAAUUCCCAGGGGAGUAAUUGAUAGGAGAUUUGACUGAUUUUUACAACUAUAAUAACAUUGUCCCAGAAGUGACUGAUUGUUAUUUGUCCAGAUUGAUAAUGAGGAACUAGUCUUGCCUUUAUUAUUUUUAUUUAGCUUUAGGCAUUUCCUAGGCUAAAAGAAACAAAUCUUCAUUUAUUAUAACUAAAAAUUAUUAUGUAAUUUUUUCAUUAUACACAGCUGACUGUCCAAUGGCAACCUGCAAUUAUGCUGACACUACCGGUGAAAAAUCAUACAAAGGUCCAUUACAUUCCUUGAUUUCUCCCAGAUUCUUGAAGUCUCAACCAGUUCCUGGGAACUCCACUCGCAUCAAGGCUGAGCUUGAUCGAAGACUUAUUCAGUCUCAGCCGGCAUCACAAACAGAUUCUUUCAGGUUUGUAAAUUACAUGUAAUUUGUCGUUGUAUUUUCUUUAAUUGAUUACAGUGGAACAUAAAGUAAAUUUCAGUGAAAAAGAUAAGGUACAUGUAUGUAUAUCCAUAUGUACCUGUAUGUACGGGUCAAUAUUAAAUUCGGGUUAAAUUUUUUUAACCUAGGUUGGUUCUCAAUUUCCUUUGUCUCCUAGCCCAAAUUGAUGGAAUUAAUAAAAUUAAUUUUUGACAAGUAACAUGUACAUUAAGGUGACAGGAACUCUGUAACUUAGUGGAGGAGAUAAAGGAGGACAAUAAUCUACUGCACAUGCCUUCUUUCUGUAGGAUCCCUGGGCGCUCUGGACUCUCUUCAUCUCAACUUCAACAAAUUGACUACCAGAGGAAUGUCAUCCCCCCAGCCAUGAGAUCACCAACUCCUAUGGAAAUGUUUCUCUACCGGUCACAAACUGCUGGAGCUCAUAAAAUUCCAGGUAAACAUUCAUGUGUUAUUAAAUUAUACAUUUUACAGUUGUACAUGUAAUGUAUGUACAUUAGUAGAAAUAAUUGUGAGUCAUUAAUUUUAUUACUUGCUGGCUCUUGAAGCAGGCAAGAACCCUGUACUCUGAUUGGCUUACUGGGCUGGCCACAUUUUUUGCCUUAAGCACAGUGAAUCAACACUUUGACAGAGGAUAAAACAGAACUAUUUUGUCCCAAUAUUAUCGAUAUCAACCCCUCCUUUACCCACCAGUAGACCAUUGAAGUUUGUCCUCACCACCAGGGUUUUGAUGCCCUACUCUUCGCAAUUUCUGUGUUUGUAAAAGACUGGUUUUUCCAGCUGGGUAAAUUUUUGGAAAUUUAGGAGUCCAGGUUCAGUUGGAAAUAUUAACGUCUUGUCUUUGUAAAUUGUUUUACAUAUGUUGCUACGUAAAACACACUAUAAUGUCUAUUAGUACUUAGUGCAUUAAAAGUUGCCAGUUUGCUUAGUUGUCUUUGGAAAAUGCCAAGCCUUAGUGGUUUUGUCAGUUUGUGUUUUAAUGGUACAUGUACAUUGUAUUUGUUAAUUUACAUCGAGAUCAAGAAACAUUUUUCUUUUUAUGCUGCUUUUUAUAAUUUUCUUUCUCACCUAGCUGUCUGUCGGGGUAUGAAGCAGCCAUUUUGAUUACCACUACAGUAACUUUUAUUAAUUAACUAUAUGUGCUUGUUAUGAGAAUUACACGUAUACAACCAGGGAUUUACUCCAGUUGUGGUUACGGUACAUUGCAAUUUUUUAUCUCGGUUAAUUUUUGUUUUUCCAUUGUUUUUGGGUAUGGUAAUGAAUGCUAGUGAAUUUGAAACAAAGGAAAUAUAAAAAUUAACUGAAAUAAAACAUGCUGUUGCUAAGAGGCUGCUGGUGGCAAAUUUAAUCGGUUGAAAGACAGCUUACUGUUGCCAGCAGGCAAAUUGGAAAACACCAACAGGGGGUAAUUUUGUAGGUCAAGACAAGACAAGACAAGAACUAUAUUUUUAUACCACACACGGAAAAAAAGAUGUUAAAAAAAGACAACUACAUGUACUUAUGUAAGGUACAUAAAAAGCCACCUAGAAGAUAGCUGAAAAGCUUACCCAGCUAGGAGGCAUUGUAGACUAAUUCAGAGUAUUAAAGGGCAGUGAUUUUGUUACCUCUGCAUCCUGCGUCCCUGACACAUAAAAAGCGUCAAAGAUGCAAAAUAAUUCAUGGCAUGCGUCCCAUGGGAUGCAAAGAUGGAUCGAUCAAUCUGAAGAUGUUUUUGUAGAACAUCCUGUUAGUGUGAUUUCUGUGGCUGUCCUUUUGGCUGUUGUUUCAUGAGGAAUAUUUCUUUUAGUCUUUGUUGUGCUUUAUGAUAGAAGGAGUUUUUAUUUCAGUAAACUGUAAUACACAGUUACAGAGUCUGUCUUCAGAUUAAUUAUCUACAUGGUUACAUAAAGGCCAAAAAAAAAAUUUAGGACAAAAAAUUCCAUUUAGGACUCAUUUUUUUUUAACUGGGACUCAAUAGUUCUGGACUAUAGGACUCUGAUCUUUUGCAAGGUGAGUCCCUGGACUCACUAUAACUAUUUGUAACAAAAUCACUGAAUGAGGUUGUUUGAUGGAGGUACAAGUAUAAAACAAUGUAAAAAACAAACAAACAGAGAAAAGAGAAAAAAAACACAUGCAAAGACUUAAUAAUUAUAUGAACUGAAAAUAGCCUUUUUCAAGGACUGUUUAAACUUGACAGUCACACGUAAGACACUUAAAAGAUUCUUCAAUAUUAUUUCAAAGAACAGCUCCCUGGAAGCAAAUAUUAAAUUUGCCACAGAUGAAUUAAAAGGCAUCUUCAACAUGUACAGUACGUAAUGUCAUGUAGUCAGAUACAUUUGAUUGUACAUUUGAUUGCACAUGUUGUACAUGUCACAAUCAUAUUCAUUUGCCAUAUUAACAAUAAUUUCAGUUCCUACAAAUAAAUAUUUGUUUUGAAUUAAUUUGUGUUUUCUUUUCUUUUUUUGUUUUCAAAGAUGUGGUAGUCCAUGCACUGGAUACUACUUGGGAACUUCAUAAGCCUUAUCUACAGAAGUCUUCAUUGCUGAGUUCUUUACUUAGAAAAGCUGAGAUGACAGGCAUGAGAAAUAUAGAAGAGGAAGAUGAGGAAGACAUGCAUAAAGCUGGUGAAACAGGUGUUCUAAGCUUUGUGAUACUAAAAGUACACUGUAGCUUGCUGGAAUACUUUAUGGAAUACUUUAUAGUAUUAAUCAAUUUUGUUGAAGCAACUUUUGACUGUUUUUAAAAAUGUUAAUUUUUGUUGAUGAUCUGCUGUAUUUGACAUUAUUUAAAAUUUUCAAUCACUGUCAUAGUACAUGCACAGUGAUGACAAUGGUGAUAAUACAUAAACUAAUCUAUGACUACCUUAUUAUAGGAAAUUAACGCUCCAUGAAAUUAACGCGAAUCGUUAAAAUUCGCGUUAACUUAAAUUGAAAUUGAAAUUGUACCUCCUCUUUCGCGUUAAUUUUCUUUAUUCAAAAGUCGUUUUCUAUUAAAUUCGCGUUAAUUUAAGUCGCGUUAAUUUCCAAUACCUUAAUAUUUUAUGGAGCGUUAAGUUCCUAUAAUAGGGUAGAUAUUGAAGUAAAAAUGCAGUACAUUACAUGUAUAUACUAGCCGAUCACAGAUUUCAUAAAAAUAGUUAUUUUUCCGGUAAGGGAAAGUAGUCAGGUUUGCUUGCAGUCACGCCAUGUACAUUGUGGGCCCUUGGUGUUUCUUCAUGUCUUUUGGUGAGAGCCCUACAAGUCAGUGGGUUGACAUACCAUGUAGUUAAUUUGUGUUUGCUAAUAACCCUUGCUAUCUCGUUUACAGAAACCAAUUUAGAUGCCUUGAAGACUGCUGCCAGUUCUGGUAACAUAGACCCCAUCCCUGUCAUGUCAGACAUGUCCAUAGGAAGAAGGAGAUCCAGCGGCGAGUGGUACAAGAACCAGUUAACGUUUAGAUUGAGGAUCAAGGAUCCACUGAUCACAAAACAAAGUGAGUGGUGUCCUAAUUAGACUAUGAGUAGUAUCUCGUGCUUCUAAGGGGUAGCAGAGUGAAUGGAUUAAGGGAGUGUGGGUGAAAAUCUCCACCCGUGAGGAAGGUGUCACGCAGAGGAAAAGGAAGGUUUCUUAAAUGCAAAACAGUAUUGGAAGAACUGGGGUAGGAGGCCAUUCAUAAUAAUAGUACUGAACAUUCUUAUUUUAUUCAGAAUGCAGUAUAGUUGUAGUGUGUGUAAACAGGGCUAAAGUUUUCAUUGCUUUGCAUUUAUGCGAUGUGCAUAGAUCAAUUUUGAUAUCAGGCUGCAAGUUUUUUGAAACUGUAAUUUGUAUAGGAUUGACGUGUACAUUGUAGGAGAGCUGCAACAUUAUUUUAGAGUAUUUUCUAAUAAAGUUAAAAAAAACUUCCUAAAGUUGCGCUUGUGGCCGUUGAUUUCUCGCAUGUUCAUGUAUUGUCAGUUUUCUCACUCCAGUUGUUUUGUUUUCCUUUUCAGCCUUUGCGCUUGCUCUUGCUGCACUAUAUGAAAAUGAAAGCGAGAUGAACGUUAGUGAAGCUGAUGUUGUCGGUGUUUUGGCUGCUGCAAGUUUCUUAGGAUUUACAUCUUUGGAAAAAUUGUAAGAAUUUAAACCUAAUUACCAUAAGCAUACAUGAACCUAUGCUUUUGUAUUCACUCACGAAUUGUUGUUUUCAGUUUUUUUUUUCACAUUUUGCUGUAAUUGUCCAGUAAGUUUUAAAGCUACAUGUACAUGUACAUGCAGUAGCACUACAUGCUAUUAGAGCGAAUGAAGUUUAAGAGGACAUUGCCCAUCGGACCUUGGCGCUAUGAUUAGUCACGUUUAUAUUACAGAGCAGUUGGCCGGCAGAGCUCUGGAAGACUAACAAUAUGUAUUAGCAAUGAGAAACAAUCAUAGUCUGACCCAACUCUUCUGCUCCUUGUGGUUAAAAUCUCUUAGGUGAAGUUUCAAAUUCUGGUUGUGUUAGCUGUAGUUUUACUGAAUUUUCAAGCUCAUUUAUACCGAGGUUAGGGGUUUAAAGCAUUAUUUUGCUCGUGAUGGAAGAUACACUGAAUUAAAAUUACUGUUUUUUACAACGUAUCUAAAAGAGAUUUGAAAUAAUUGUUGCAGGUGUUCUGAUGUUAUGCUAAAAUCCAUUGCUGCUUGGUCAGUCUGUGCCUUUCAUGCUUCAGGUUCUAAGGUACGUACAUGUAAUUUGAAGGGCUUCAAAUCAGAGAAAAACUGAACUGCUACUUGGUCUUUAACGUCAUUAUUACUUUAUUCAAAUUUACUAUGAGCUAAAACAAACAUUUCCCUGCUAGCAGAGAUCUCUCACUGCGAGAGAAAAAUGAAAGGAAGGAGAUAAACUGAUCUCCUCACUUCGCGAGAAAUUCCUCUGUACACGCCAGUGCUGUCAGCUGAUUUUUCGCGCGCGCAAACCAGUUCUGUGAGGUAUGUCACACGUGACCAAAACGUCACUGAUUUUUAAGGAAACGCUAGCGCAUGCGUGAUAGGAAACUUGUCGGGGACUGGUAGAGGUCUCUCUCCUACCUCUUAUCAGGUAAAAAAAAAACAUAUUUUAUUGGUUUACGGUUUUUGCAGAACUCCAGCAAUCAAGGACUACACAUGUAGGUUCUAAAAGUUGUUGGAAAAUUUAAAACAUAAUUAAAUACCCUGCUGGUCUUCCUCCCAAAGAUCUAUUAAUUUUUAAAGAUUAUUGAUGUUACUCAGAGACCUUAUGAUACGUUAUUCUGCGACUUUUUUGUAUAAAAGGUUUUUAUCGCAACUUAUUUUAAUGUUGUGCUGUUUUGGAUACGAUUUGUUUGAAAAUAAAAAAUAAUUGGUAUUUAUCGGCUAUGGAUACUUACUUAAAAACCGCCGCCUCCACUUGGAAAAGACCAGUUUUCCCUCAUUUGGAGGAUUUAAUUUUGUGAAGUGUCCAUGCAGCUCCUAUCUACGCAAUGUUUGAGCCUAAUCGUGGAAGUUGUAUUUUCCAUUUUCCCAUACAAGUUUCCAUUAUAAAUAGGGUGUCCUGGUGAUUUCCUAAAUGCUGCAUCGAUUUAAUUUAAUGUUUUAAUUUUUACCAGCUUUUUCUGGACACAGGCCUGCCCAGAAGGAAUGUGCAGGAACGGGAUUCAGGUUCCAUGGGAGGUGCCAUCCCUACCCAAUCCCACAACCUGUCAAGGUUGGCUACACCACCGGGGCUUAGUCUUUCGAAUAAUACAAAUCAGUGAAAGUGCUGUGAGACUCUCCACUGAGCUAACCAGGCGGCGGAUUUUACGGCACCGUUCCCCGAAGUAAAUGCUUUUUUCAUGUAUCUCGAAAAAGAACAUUCCGUGAGGAAUUUGUGAUCUUUUGAUGCCAUCAGAAUGUAUUUUGAGUGAUAAUUAUAUGUUAAAGGUAUACGGCAUAGUGACAGUAAUGUUUUGUUUCCUUUUCAAUCUAGUACAAGCAAAGCUCGGUUGUGGAAGCAUGUGAGAGGUGGCUGGAACUCAAUUUAAUACCACAGGUAAAGUAUGAUAGCUUUCACUCAGUAGACGUGUGAAAUUCUGUAUUUGAUUUAUUAUAGUUAGUUAGUUUGGUCACGCGAUAGCUCGGACAACAUGGAUUUUCCCUCUCCAGUCUCUUUGGUCUAGCGUUGCCGUUCUGAGUUCUCCGAUAGUGUCGAACCCGGUGUCCUCAUGCAAAGUGUGUAUGUACGUGGUGUUAGGUCUUCCUCUCUUAGUUUUUCCGUGUUGUUGCUGCCACAACACAAGCUGCGAUGCCUCCUCCUCCUCUUUGUGUCUAACACAAUGCCUAGCUACCCUCAUUCUUCUUUCCCUGAUCUAGCUAGAAACUUUUGGAAGGUGACCGUACAGAUCUUCAUUUGUAAUAUGGUCCCUCCGAGAAACGUUUAGUGCUGUGCCAAGCGUUCUAGUAUAGGUACCAUCAAUUUGCUUUUCUGUACUUUUGGUUAGAGUCCAUGUUUCGCUGCCGUAAAGGAAAAUACUUUCUAUUGUUGCCGGGAAUACUACUCAGAACUACUCUGAAAGUAUAAAAAUAUAAUUUACUGUACAUUACAUUGCAUACUGUACAUAAUAAUUUAUUGUACAUUACAUAUGACGUUUACUUUCAGCUUUCAGUUCAAAUAUUUUUGAGUCACUUGCCACAGGAUCUACUGGAGAAGUGUUUAAAAUCUGCCAAGUAAGUUGACUUUGUAAAUUUAUACAAUAGAAAGCAUGUUUCUCAUAUAUCUUGCGAGUUUAAGUGAAAAGGCUUUCUGUCGGCAUGCUACAGGAGUAGAGUGUUGUUUUAGGCUGCGUGAAUAAGAGAUUCAGUUCGGCAACUUGGGGGUGAGGGGAUUGGAAUUGUUGUGUUGGGGCAAACUACCUGGAAAAUUUUGAUAUACCGCUGAGUCCAGUUGUUCGAAGGCCGAUUAGCGCUAACCCAGGGUUUAAUUUUAAAUCCGGGUUUCUUUUUCUUUUGUUUAAAAGCAUUUUCUCAGAAAAUUUUUUGCUAUAUCUUUUUGGAGCAUCCAAUCACCAAACUGCAGACCAAAGAAAUUAAACCGAAUUUGCUAUUUAAGCUUUUGUAUCAGAAUUCAAAUUUCGCACUAACCCUGGGUUAUCUUAACUCGCUUUGAACAACGCAGCCCUCUAACGUAAUACGUAAUUCUAUUUUUAUGAAAAAAUCACCAAUACAGCUGUGUGCAAAGAAAGCAGGAUAAGGAAAAAAGUCUCUCUCUGCGUUGCCACUGGUUUCUCAAGCACAGUGGUAAGAGUUCUGAUCCCAUUGUUCAUAACAAGAUUAAGAUAACUCAGGAUUGGUGCAAAGUUUGACUUCAAAUCUAAACGCUUACGAAGCAAAUUUUUGUUGAUUCUUUCUGCGCACAAUUUUAUGUUUUGGUGCUCUAAAAUGACGAGUCACGAUGACCAAAAGAACGGUGGGUAUCGUUAAGCUCUUUAAGCUCCCUGUUUUCUCGAUUUAAAUCACGUUUUCCCAAAUCUCUCUUUUCAGUUUUUAACAUGCAACUAAACACCGUGUCCUCUUUUUGGAUAUAAUAGUUAUUUUCGUUCUUUAGGCUUUUUACUUGGAGUGAAUAUUCGUUAUACAAGUUGCUGACAUACUGGAUCUUUCUUCAACAGCACCCUAAUUUGCAGGUAGGACUUAAACAGCGUGUUUGCUUUCAUUUGAUUUUUUUUUUGGUACGGGAUAUUAUGGGACCGUAGGAAAGCUUUCAAAACGGACACCUAGAGUUGGUCGGCCAGCUGCUCUACAGUCAACUCUUUAUCGGACGCUCAGACAAGCACAAAGUGUCCGUUUUGGAGAGGUACCUGUCUUGAAGGGUCAAAAGGAAUCAAAUAUAGAAGAGCUGGGGCCAUCUCUAGGUGUCCGUUUUGGAGAGAUGUCUGUCUUAUAGGUUUCUGUCUGUAUAAUCAUUUUUUCUGUUUCCUAUAAGGGGACACCCAUCUUAAACGGACACUUGAUACUGGCCUAACGGUGUCCAUAUCUUUGACUGAGUUGUUUGAAAGUCCUAAAGUCGUAUACAUGUACAUUGACAUUUUAUUGCGCUGUAACUCAGUUGUUCUGCUCUGUGUGACGGUACUAUUAGCCUCCGAAUACAUCUGUCUCUUCUUGCUCCUCGCCGAAACGUCCUCAGCAGCCAAAGGCGAGGAGAGAUAGCAUUAUUCGCUGGCUACAUUUACGUACAGCAUUCAGAUUUAAUAUGUUGCAUUCCAGUGGUUCCAGAAGUGAUUUGAUCGAAGCAGCAGUUUGAGGAACAUAUUGUUUGAAGCCAUUUUGUUUGUUGAGCUGAGAUCGACUUCAUUUCCACCCCAAGGCUUUUUUCUGCAUGACUGUGAACGUUGAUAUUGCACCCACCAAUCGUUAGACUGUUGGACCGUUAGACCCUUAGAUCAUUAGACUGUUAGAUCGUUAGUCUGUUAGACCGAUCGUCAGACUCUUUUAACGGUCAUAGCAGUCAUAUGAAGACCAGCCCUAACUGCUCCCAAAGAAACCAAAUGACGAGGGGAUAAAUUACUUCCGUUGAAACCGUUCCAUUUUUGUACCACCUUAUGCGAGAUACACAUACAAUUCGAACUUCUGUAUCUAACUUUUUGUCUCUGAUUUGUGCAGUUGAUGCCUUCGUGGGGAACUGUGGUAACCUGGUUCAUGAGGUAAGAUUAUAUGAGGCCAGGUUUUGCGUACUUCAAAAUUGUGUUGGAUAGGAGGGAUCGGCGUGAUAGUGUCACGUGACAGUUCAUAAAAGACCCAGGCGGUUACCGUGACCCUAAUUACCAGGGAGCUUAAGCAACAGCGUUUUUGAGCGAUUGACGCCAACCAGAAAAUGGGCUUUUUACAUCGUUGGACAGUGGUUUGGUUCAAACUCUUGGGUGAAUCGCCUUUACAAGAGAAAAGAAACUUAGCAAUACAAAUUUGUUAAAGUCAAGGCAUAUAAAAAGAGAGAAGGCCUCACUUCCGGUUGACGUGCGUCGCUUAAAAACGUCUUUGCUUAAACUCCCUACUACAGGAGUUGUAGGCUAUAGGGAAUAAUAAAAACACGAGGUAUUUUCAAUUACUAAUGAGACUUACAUCCUUCCCUAUGCUGAGGCAUUCUUUUGGGGGGGGGAGUGGGGGGGAGGCGUGAGAGGUAGGUGUGGGAGUGGAAUACAAAGUGCUGUGAAGUAGACCACGUAAAAGAAGAGGAAAUUUGACCUCAUUUUGAUUAAAACGUUGUACUUUUCUAUGCUGAAGUCUGAAUAUUUUGCCUAUGGAAAUGGCAGCCUUUUAAUCUUUUACUUAACCCAUAAUUUGUGUUGUGCUUUCAAAUCGGCAUAGCACCAUCUUUCCUUUUGAAAUUAUAUUAACCCCUUCAUUGUUUUUUCUUUCCUAGUUUGCCAAAGGCUACUUCAUUCUUAGAAAGAGAAGAGGUAAGGAAAUUUCGGCACUUACCAAAAUGAUCGUAAAACUGACUCAAACAUCCAAUUUACUGCUUUAAUCUCUAGAAAGACUCUUAAAGAAUUGUAGAAAAGCCACAAACAGAACAUGAUGUCAUGAACAAAGCUAUAUAAAAGUAAAACAAAUUGUCUGUAUGAAGAUCUGGGCUGGGUUCCUGGAAAGAUGGAUACGUCUAACCCAGGAUUAAGGCAAAUUUAACUGGCGAAGUUUUCCUGUCUAGGAAUAUGUAACUGGAGAUGAGAAAGUAUUAUUGAGCCUUGACUCAAUAUGCAGAUAUGAUGAUAUAAUAAGAUAAUAAUAUUUAAUCAAUCUCCAGGAAGUUAAGUGAAAUCGAGGAUUAAAAUUAAUUUUUAAUCCUGGAUUUGCUCUGAUCGGUCUUUCAGGAACUGGACUGUGGCUUUCAUUCUUGGGAGUUAUCUAAUGCCUUUUUUGAGGUUGCCUUUUAGACUGGGCCGGUGUCGUGUCGAAUAAUCCAUAUUCACGAUGCCCAAAAUCUUUGCCUGUGUUUAAAGAUUGAUGGAAUAAAAGCUAUGUCACGUGGUAUUUGAUCGGAGCACAAACAAGUUUUAACAUUUGCCUAUACGAGUAAUCGCGGUCUAGUUUAUUUACUCUCUCAAAACAUGACGACCAUUUAAUAGUCAUGCAAGAUGAACAGUUCGACUUUCGCCAAGUGUUACGUCAUUAUUGCUUGCUGUGAGGACAUCUAUGGUCGCUACUGCGUCCAAAAAAGUAACAAUGAUCACUUCUAUCCAUAACUUUCUGGACAUUAUCGUCUUUAAGACAAAAAGUUCUUCAUUUCCUGUUGCCUGGAAUAAACAAACCCGACCGCAGUUUCUUGAAUUGACAAAUUUCAGUGCCUGUUUGCCCCCUGAGAAAGCACGUGACAUCAAUUUACCCAUCUGUCCUUAAGCGCGUGCAAAGAUGCUGGGUUUCGUGGAAAAGUUCAAUAGCCUACGUUCGAUCAUAAUUAAAAUUGUACCUUGACUGCGAGGCUUUCUGGUCAUUUUUCUAUAUUUGGUUUGGUUUUCUUUGUGCUCAAGUCUCUUCUGGGAAUUGCGAGACAAUGGAGUCGUGAAAAGUUUGCAAUUUUGACCUUAAAGCCUUGGAGCCUUGUUAGAAGUUUAGUAUAUUGAACGUGGUCUAUUGCACUCUAGCACUUGCGCAGUAAACUGGGUCAACAUUCGACCCUUCACCGGCGAAAAAUGUCUGCGCAUGCUCUACUAAAAAUGACACGUGAUCGAUUUCGGGUAAUGUCAUUGGCUCCGAGGCGAAAAUGCGCGCGAAAUGUUGUUCAGGUGAAAGAAGCGAUGGUAGCUUUUUUUGGCAGUGAUAGCUUUGCAAUUUCUUGCCACUGUAUGAGAUCAAAAAAUAUUUUGGUCAGAGUUUUGACGUAAGUGUGUUCUCUAGAGAAUAUAGCGUCCUGAAACUGGCGAAAAAUCGCUUUGGCAUGGUCUGAUUAAGUGUUAUUGACGUUGAGAUCGCUGGUUUGCAUGUGGAAGACAGCCGAAAAGGUGGGUAAUUUUUGCUCUUUUUGUUUACUGCAUGUUCCGUGCAACUCGGUACAAAAAGAAAUUAUAAAGUAGUGGAAGAAAAAUUAUUGGGCUUUGUUUUGGUAUAUAAAUUAGCUUGUACCGAGUUGCACGGAAGCGACAGUUUUGUUAAAUGUUUAUUCCGUUUUUGUGUCAAAAUUUGACUUUGAUUGUGACUCUAACAUUCGAUAACAUUCGACUGUUGAUCGAAGAGCGUAUUACAAUGCUAUCCAAAAUGUUUUUGUUGUUAAGAUCGGGCUUCUUAUCACGGAUUCAACAAAAAAAAGUAGAGGGACAGACAUUUUUGGGCUUGGUUUUGUUAAUAUAACUUAGCGGUGUACUUUGUUCCUGGAAAAACUAUAUUUAGAUGGUUUAUCUCCGCACGCUUACGCUUGGUUCAACUUAAUCUCGUGUCACUCGGUACAAAAGGAAAUUAUAAAGAAGGUAAAGAAAUAUUCUUAGCGAUUGUCUUGCUGUGUAAAUUAUCUUGUGGCUAGUGGAUCGAAAGCGGCCGGGUUGCGGCAGUUUUCUAAAGUGCGUAGUUCGAAACGUGAUUUUGUCGAUCGAUGCAAAUUUCAUUGUUGUUGCACGUUAUUACAGCUUUGUAUGUUACCAUAUAGAAAUUUGAGUUUUAUGCGAACUCAGUGUCGAAUGAGAAAAUGUGAGUGUUUUCAUUAAAACACUUAGACCGUCUUGGACCGUUCGAUAGGUCCAGCAACAUUAUGAUUUGUGAAAAAAUUCAGUUUACAAUGUGCACAGCUUCUGUACAUUUAGGCUUGCAAUUUUAUAAUUGAAGGAUCGAAGUUUAGAUUAUUUUGCUCAUAAAUUUGGCUUGGGAUUAUCCACACAACGAGUUACUUCGUUAGGAACCGCACUUACGGACAUGAUUUCCUCCGUAUACAAUUUUUUAGUGCUAAAUUUUUGCACACAAGGCUUUCUUUGGGGGGUGCUUCUUUGUUUGGAAAUUGAAUCCUGGAAGGAGAUGAACAGGGUAAUAUUAUUAAAUGUGAAUGCUUUUGCUUUUCUGUCCAUCGUUUCCGGCUUAAUUUGUUUUGGCGCAAAGUUAUGAAUGAUUGAUAGAGUAAACAUGCUAUGAAGUAUUCAAAAGUUCUUUUCAAGAAAAAAAAUAAUAAUCCUCCCAAAUUAAACUUACAGGAGUUUCAAGUUUGGAGUAAACUUUGAGUCUUUAUAAUAAAAUUUUAGUUGGAUCAUAUUGAUGAAUGCAGUUGUGUAGGAUAUGCAGUUUGCAAUUUUGAUCUUCUGUCAGAAUUAUGAGAGAACACUCAAAUACAGAUCUCAUUCAAACUUUAUAGUUUCAUUGUAAUUAUCGUUUGUUUCUUUUAACUUCUCAUCAGGUCUACAUUUUGCAUGAAUUUAAUGUGGUAUAUAUUUGAAGGGGUUGUUGUUUCACAGUGAAGUAGUUUUCACUUUGUUUUUUUGAUAUGAAGUUGAGUUUCUUCUUAGUUGUUGGCUAAGGUAGUGUUGAAGUAUCUCAUGAGUAUCUGACAUACUUUAUUGUUCAUUUCUCUUCAGAAAAGAUUGAUUGAUCCUGAAUCAAACUAAGUGCAGCUUCACAAACAAGAUAUUUUGACAAACAAAUGUGUACUCAAGCAAAGUAUAUGUCCCUGACAGUGCCAAUAAAAUUUAUUAAUGGAAAGAUCUGGGUUUUUACUCCUUUGUAGCACUUUUGACUACGCAUCACUUUUCUAACCUAUAUAGUAAAAAGAUCAUACAGUAUAAUCAGUAUUUUUUCCAACUAACAUAUAUUUCCAAUCAAAGUUCUUUUCUUUUAUAUAUAGUAUUCCCCUAAUUUUAAAAAUUUCAUUAUCUUAUUCAGAUCAAGCACAGUAACCAUUGAAAAGAAAAAAAGAACCUGCUCGGUCAUUGACGGCUUUAAAGUUUUGGUGUUAAAAUUGCAAUGAAAAGAACAUGAGUGCAGACACUACAGUUCAUUUAGCUCAUGUUCAAGCUUCUUUAUAUAAAUUAGAAGUCUUGCUGGAGAAAACAUAAUUUUGCUUUACCUUUUCGGUAAAAAAAAUAAGAGAACUUCCAGGUGUCUAAGCAAUUUCAAAGGACCCAUAGUGUCUUAUUUCUCCGCUACAUUGAGCUGUGAACAAAGACCGUUCUUUCCAGUGACCCGGCUUUCAUUAAAAAUAUUGUUGUCCUUCGUGAUCGUGAAGAGUCCAAAGUUGAAUCCGGUAAACCGGCCAAAACGCGAGCAUCGCAUGGAACGAAUCCCAUAGGAAUAAGUGAAAAAGGAUAAUAAAAAGUCUCGGCUAUUCUAAAAAUAUCCGUAUAUGCUUUUGCAACUCAUAUUAAGCCGCAAUUAAUCUUCUUUCCCCUGGAAUAAACAAACGAUGCAGGUAUUGCCGCCAUUUUGGAUUUGGCAAUGUCACGUGGUCGCUCGUCGACCAAUCAGACAUUUUUCGCCGGUGAACAUUCGACCCCAUAAAACAAUCCCAUAGUGCAAUUCGGCACAGCACCGACCCAGUCUCACCUGAAGUUAAAAAAAGGCCAAUCAUUAAAAGCACUCAAAGCUGCCUUAAGUAAUAGAGGACCCCUCAACAUGGUUUUUUCAACUUUUCAGAUGCCAGUUAGGGAGAAUCCGUCGACACCACUAGAAAGAGCGCCUUAAAGUUAGUAAAAUUGCCAAGUUUGAAAGCGAUACGUCUUAAGCGAACGAAGAUGUAGCUCUGCAAAGCUACGAAAAUUUACAGACGUUUGUAUGGGAGAAGGAAGGGGGGGGGGGGGGGGGGCGUUUGUGGGGUGGCAGGGGGGUGGUGGGCCGGAGAUCAUCAUGCAUUUGGUAGAGGUUGCGGGGGGGAGCAGGGGGGGGGGACGGAGGUACGUUGGCCUGUGCGCCCCAACAUACAAACGUCUGUAAAAUUUCGCGACUAUCAGGAGCUAUAUCGUCGUUGUUUUUAACAAAUCACUUUGAAAUUUGGCAAUUUUACGAAUUUUACUAUUUUUUUCCAUUGAUGUCAACGGAUUUUCCCAAACUUGUCCAUAUCAAAAGUUGAAAAAAACCAUGGAAGGUCUAUUCUGAAAUCAACUUCUGUAGAAACAGUUGUUUACAGCACCUAACCUCUGUAUGUGUAUAUUUUUGUCUUAUCUUUUUAGGGUCAUGGUUAUGUGAAUUUAUUUAGGACUAUCAGACUGGGAGGAAUCACAGACAGUAGGUUGAAAAUAUGCCUUUUUUACCACAUUGGCCAAACUACCUUCACUAUUUAUUUUUUUCAACCUGGGUUUGUAUUUAAAAGGACUUGCCUGAUUACUUAUUUUUCGUGGUUGCAGUAAGAAAAGCAAGCUUUUUUGGGAGUCAUCUCUUAAAGCAAUGAUAGUUCUUGAUUCUCGAGGAUUCCUUCUUUUGAGAUCUCUGACAGUAUUUAAAUAAUCUCUCCUUUUUGGUUUGUUUUUGAAGAACAGUGUGUGUUAUCUAUUAUCAUAAGUUAACGUUCCAGCUUUCCCCUCCAGCGAGCUCACACAAUGAAACAAGACGGAGUAUCUUGUCUCCCCAGCCAUCGAGUCGGUAUCUUUGUUCAGAGGAAUGUAGAAACGAUCCAUUUAAAGGGCGUAAGGUAGACUCACACUCUGUCAACUUCAUUUUUUAUCAGGCUCACAAUUAGAUGAACUACAGAAGAUGAACCUUGUUCCUCAGUCAUGGCUGCUUCGGGUCUAUGCUCAACAUUACCACGCGGUACGUGUCUUAAUUUCUGAUCUAACAAAGGAUUAGUAUUAUGGGCUGGAUUAAGACCCGGGGUGAACAAGGCAGAAAAGGGAAAUUUGUUAUUUUUAUUUUCCAGCCUUUUAUUAUUUAUUACUAUUUCUAACUUAGAAAAAAACGCAACUGAAUCCUAGUCAAAAGUUACCGGUACCGUGCCAACGACUUAUUGACGGACUCAAGCAAAACUGACAAAGAUAGAAUGGCUGGCAACUUACAAUUUGACAAGCUAUGAGCGACCGUCCAGUUGGGAGAAAAGAUGGAUCGAAACGCACCAAUCCCAUUUGAUAAGAGCCCUCAGAGCCAAUAACAUCACGGCUUAACUAACAGACGACCAAUAACAUCGCGUCUUUUACGUUAAACUGACCAAUCAGGUCAAUAACCAGAGUUAAAUACAACGUACCAUCAACUGACGUGAUACAACUCACUUUGUCUCUGAAGAUAACUGCCGCACAGGUUGUAGAAACGUCAGUCACUGUCAACAAUGUUCCUAUUUAGGACUACGCUCACCCGGGCAGUCAAACUCCACAUACUUAUGUUGUUGUAAUGUUGCUCCUUUCUUUUUCCCUUUUUUCGUCACAGCUGCAAGGUGGAGGCGACAUGUCUUUAAUGACGAGAUUUGAGCAUGGAGCCAUACGCAAGGGUUUCAUUCUCGAGGAGGUAGUCCAUUUUUCUUUUAUUUGUUUCUUAUGUUGUGCUCCUGCGAAGCUCUAGUCGUUAACACACCAGCCAUGGUUGAAAAUGAGGAAUAAUCGUGAUUUGUUAGAAAUUUGUUCAGUCAUUGGUUUUUCAUUCAGUUAGGUUCCCCUUCUUUUCUUUUCCUUUUUCUUUUGUUUUUUGUUUCAGUGAUGGAGGGAAAUGGCACGGAGCAUCUAUCUUUCCCCGAUGAUAACGACCAAAUUUUGUCGAAUGUUUCUUGCAGUAAAACAGCUUUUUUUCUCAGGAGGCCAUUGUCCGUAUUACAUUAUCUGCAUCAUCUAUAGAGCAAUCAAAAUUUCAAUGAUAAAUUGAUGGAGUUUCAGAUAAUGUCAGUUAGGGUUGAGAGUGGAUAAUGUUACCUGUCUGAAUGCCCGUCCACCCUUCAGUCUUCAGAAGAGCUGAACAUCCUGUUUUUCUUGUUUAUAUGCUGCCUAGAGUUAAGAUUAAGGAUACUCUCUUGAAGAAGUAACCCCGGCCCCACACAUCUUGAGGUUUCGCGGGUGUUUGCUAAGGUGAACCACGUUACGUUUGUAAGAAAACUUUAUCUGGUUUCACUGUAACGUUUUCUAUAGUGUUGCCCUUAAACAAGCGCCCGUGAAAAGUUUGCAAAUGAGUGUCAUCAUAGUUUUUGAUACAAUGCCCACCGAUGGUUUUUCUUUGUCUUUUUCAUUGCAGCAUUUGAAGUACCACUCCGAAAUUAUGUCUCUACAUGGUUUUCAUUUUGAAGUCAAAGCGACCAAGGACGACACUGGUUCUAAAUACUCCUUUUAUCUUCAGGUCUGUUCUGGCUUUUUUCGCAAGGCUCUCAAACUCUUUCUACAUUUUCUUAUAAAACUUGCCAAACCGUUUACAUGAGAAACAAAAAGUUUUGUUUGUUUUGUUUUACCAGCUUUUCUGGACACAGGCUGCCCAGAGGGAAUAGGCACGAACGGGACUCACAGGUCCCAUGCAAGGUGUCUUGGCUAGUUGGCUUGGCUAGAAGGGUGAUCCACGCAGUCGGGUCACCCUUUUGUGAUGGUAGGGUCACCCUCCUAGCUGGGCAAACCUUUGUCCUUGUAAACACUUCGGAACACUCAGCCGGGUCAACUCGGUCAAGGCAAGACAAUCAGAGCAUGCGCGAGCGCUACCCUAGACAGUAACAGCAUGCGCAAGUAUUGUUGAUUUGGGCAAAGGGGUCAACUUUUUUCUCUUACAAACGCUCGCGGCAGUUUUUCACCAUUUUAAUGGGGGCUAAGAAAGUUCAGUUUUGGCUGAGCCUCACCUCAAAGUAAUCUGUUCUUAUAAAGAAACGUAACCGUCUAACUUUAGCUGCUCUUUACCUCCUCUUCUUUUUCACCUUGACAGAGGUUGAAGCCCAAUGAUCCCGUGCUGUCGUUUAGAGCUUGUGAACGUCACACAUUUUCCAUGCGUCACGAUAGAGAGGUAAAGAUAUUUCUUCUUUGAGUUAAAACAGUAAUUUGUUUAGAGGUUUAAUAGAAAGGUGGGUGACAUCAUCUCUCCCUAAUGUAGAAAAAUGUCGGACCCAUUUAAAAUUGAAAACGUUUUUUUUUUCAACCACUGCUCAAUCAUAACGUUACAACUGUAAAGCAUCAUGACAGUACACAGGAAAGUACUGCACACUCAAAAACCUCAUCCACAGACUUAAAGGCUAGGACACCAUCGCAGCACGGCGCAAUAAAAAUUACUUCACCAUUGCGUGGCUUUCGUUGUUUUUCAGUGAUAGAGCGAUUUUCGUAUGACCUUGAAAAGUAGUUUUGGUAAGUGUUUGUUAUUGUUUUGUAAGCCAAUGGGUGAAAAGAUCAAAACAUGGAUUCUUCGUUUCCCGCGAAAGAAAACCCUAAUAUGGGGAAGGUAUUGUUCGAUUGGCCAAUCGUGUUGCAGUAUAACGUAAAAGCGAAGUAUCGGUUGAUUUCUAGAAAGUUCUUCAGGCAUGAAGUUUUUUCAACCGAGCGUUCGAUUAACCAACCAAAAGCCACGCGCGUUUGUUUUCGUUCGACAAACCAAUCAAGUCGCUCUAUGUCCGUUCGUUUGUUGCUUCUAUGUUGUUCGCGUUUUCAUUUCAAGGUCAUACGAAAAUCGCUUAACCUGAGAUGAUUAUAUGAUUAUAUGAUUGAUUAUAUGUAUUAACGCCCAAGUUGUAAAUGGAGGUGAGAAGGGGCGCAGGGUCUGCUAUCGCAACAUCGAGCACAACGCAAAUAACUGUAUGCGCUGACCUCGAAUACUGCUGGACAAGGGCCCGCCCGAGGGAUUCAACAACCACAUGAAUGCCACAAAUGCUACGUACGCUACACACGCUAGAAAACGCUAAACGCUGGUUAUCACGCUAGCAAUGCUUGAAAACGGUGCCGACAAGACUAUUAUUGUCCCCCCAUAACAGGUUAAAUUCUAUUUAACCGUACUUAUUCAGCAUUAGAGACCCUUAGAUUCGAGGACGAGGAAGACUACGAGUACGAGAUUUAACAAGAGUUCCAGUUUUCUCGUAUUCUAAGAAAGAUGUACAUCCCGGAAAGCUUCAUUGUGAAUUUUUUUUUUUCACCUAUAAAUGUUAGCACGUUUUUUUGUAUUGAAUGAGGUUAAGCCCUUUCCCGAUCGCAAAAUGAUAAAACCUCUAACCGUCGAUGAAUUGCUCCCGCCACUACCACAGUCCGCUAAAGCCCGUAGUAGAAUGACGAUGGCUAUCACGAUUUCCGGCCAAAAUGACGCGGUUUCUUGUGCGCGCACCACUAAGUAUUUAACAAAUCUCUUCCUCGUAGUCAUCAGAAUCUAAAGGUCUCUGCUUUUACCAGGGUCUCUUCCUCUUAGGAAAUGAAAGAGUAGAGACCCUUGGAAAAUAGGAUAAUGGUGUAAGCCUCGUUUAUUUGCAGGUGCGUUACUGUAUCCGUGUUCAGUGGUCGGACUUUGGUGUUAAUAAAAUGUUCUCAUCAGGUGGGUAGCUUCAAAAGCUGUUAUAAGUAGCUGUCAUCUCUUCACAAGUCAGAAUCGCUGGACCAUUGUAUUAGCUUUCGAUCUGAGAAUUUUUUUUUUCAGGAAUUCUUUGUCAGAGCUUUGGUUUUUCAGGGAAGACAAGACAAUCCGAGGUAAGAAUAAAAAAUUAUACUGUUGUGGUAAUAAUCAUCAUCAUCAUCAUCAUCAUCACCACCACCACCACUACAUGUAUUCUCAUUUUUGUAUUGCUCGUUUCGUUGGUAAAGUUAUGUCAAACGAUCGAAACCUUUUCAGUGUUUCGUAAAAGUAUCUAGCACUUCGAGCUUCGUCAAUUGUUUGUUAGUUUUCUUUUUUAUCUCUUUGUGCUAAUGGAUACCGUAAAUCCUCUUUCAAGCCCAUUAGAGGAGGGUUUAAUAGAGACGGAGGGCUUAUUUGAGAAGCGGGGGGGGGGGGGGCUUAUUUAAUUUAGGGAAGAGGAUAGAAUCAGUUCUCCAUAAAUAACUACAACACAAAGUUGAAAAGGGAAAGUAAAUGAAGGUUGGAGGACAUGCAGCCGAGGAUCAAAAUCAAAUCCGGACUUCCAGUUGGUAAAUGAACACCCCCCAGGGAUCAGCCCACAAGUCUGCAGUCUAUAUUUGGGGGGGGGGGGGGGAUUAUUUAAUUUAGGGAAGACGAUAGUAUCAGUUCUCCAUAAAUAACUACAACACAAAGUUGAAAAGGUCAAGUACAUGAAGGUUGGAGGUCAUGCAGCCGAGGAUCAGAAUCAAAUCCGGACUUCCAGUUGGUAAAUGAACCACCCUCAUGGAUCAGCCCACAAGUCUGCAGUCUAUAUUUUACUAGUGAAGAAUAAUUAGAGGAGGGAAGGGGGAGGGGCUUAAUAGAGAGGGGGCUUAUUAACUUUCUUCCCCUGAAUUGGGUGGGGGGGAGGUUUAUUAGAGGUAGGGGGCUUAUUUGAGAGGGAGGGGGGCUUAAUAGAGGAUUUACGGUAUGUAAUAAAACAUUCCUUCUUGUGUUUCGUGUUUUGCGUUAAACGGCCAGUCUCCGUGUUAGUCUCUUUAACUUAUGUUUGAUACGAUAUUCUUAUCUUUCUUUUUUUUUCCUCAGGUUGUUUGUGUUAAGAACGUGUGUAUGCCACUUUAUGUAACAGUAUCUUUAAUGUUCCCGCCAUCUUAAGAGAGAGCAUUUUUAUGCCACUGAACCUUUUUUGGUGAGGAAACAACAUUCAGAUAAUAUCACAAAUGUCACUUACUGCAGAAAAA